AUGGUGAAAUUUUUACUUCAGAUCGCUGCGGACCUCGAGAACCUGACGAACCUUCAGCCCCAGGAAGGCUGCAACGACCCCAACUUUUCCUAUCUUUUCAAGUUGAAAUGUGAGAGGUGUGGAGAGCUGAGCCAGAGGGAAACUUGUGUGAGCUUGAACGAGACUGUUCCUCUUCCAUCGGGCAAGGCAACCGUUAAUCUCGUUCAGAAGUGCAAGUUUUGUGGAAGGGAUGGAACUCUGACAAUGAUGCCAGGUCAUGGUAAACCACUGACCCAGGAAAUGUGUGAAGAAAGGAAGUUUUCCCCCUUGAUGAUGUUUGAGUGCAGGGGUUAUGAGCCUGUGGACUAUGUAUUUGCUGGUGGGUGGAAGGUUGAAUCUGUGGAAGGGACAAAAUUUGACCAUGUUGACUUGUCGGGAGGGGACUUUGUUGAAUAUGAUGAGAAGGGAGAGUGCCCAGUUAUGGUUUCCAACCUCCGUGCCAGUUUUGUGGUGAAGUAG